AUGGGGUUGCACUAUGUCUAUCAUAAAGCAAUCGCUACCUUUCUUCGUGCGCUCGUCCGACCUAGACUCCACCUUGACCCGAAGCCAGAUGAGACAAUUUUGAUCCCAUCUCGAGACGCCGGGCGCACCAUCAGAGUCCAUCUCUACAAACCUGCCAACGCGACACACCCCACACCUGUCUUAAUAAACUUCUGCGGUAGUGGAUCUGUUCUUCCGACGUAUGGCAAUGACAAUGAAUUUUGUCGCUUUGUCGCAAAUCAGACUAGAUACUCCGUCCUCGACGUACAGUAUCGACUCGCGCCCGAGCAUCCAUUCCCGGCCGCAUUCCACGACGCCGAAGAUGUUGUGAAUUGGGCCCGGUCGCAACCUGACCGAUUCGAUGCCUCGGAGAUAUCUCUAAGCGGAUUCAGUUCAGGCGCCAAUAUUGCUCUCGGCGUCUCCUCCUCAUCGUCCCAAUUUUGCCAGAAAGGCCAGCCGAGCAUUUUCAACACCGUCAUCUCAAUGUACGGUCCAACAAAUAUGGCUCUGCCAACGCCUGAAAAGCCACAAGUGGACGAAUCCAACUGGAUUAUGCGGAAAAUAUUCCCUGAAUUCUCUCACCUCUGCCACAAAUGUUCGAUCCCGGAUGGGGUAGACCUAAAGGACCCCCGUCUCUCACCCAAAUUUGCAAAUCUGCACAAUUUCCCCGACAAUGUACUGACCAUCACGGCGUCUCAAUGUUCAUUUGCCUUGGAGGCAGAGGAGCUUGCUCAGAAGCUUGGGGGUAUAGAUGGAAAGUAUUCUGUAUAUAAGCGAAUGGAUGGCUGCGCUCAUGGGUGGGAUAAAGAAGCCGUCAGGGGCAGUUCCCAGUGCGCUGCCAAAGAUGAAGCCUACGCAUUAGUCGCCAGCAUGUUAAAGGGGGACUUGAAAAGGGAAUUCCCCGCGGGUGAUUUGAGUAAGAAGGAUUGCUAG